CACGAAUUCCUGAUUCCCGCUCCUGCUCCUGCUUCUGCUCCUGCUCCUGCUCCUGCUCUGUGCCAUGUCCCCAGUCCUUGCUGUUCUCUCGCUGCUCUUGGCAACCGCAGCUUGCCAGCAAGCUCCUGCCCAGUGCACCGUUGAUCCUACUUCCAGAGUCGACUGUGGCAAUAUUGACACCACCCAGGACAGUUGCGUCAGUUCGGGCUGCUGUUGGUCGCCCCAGCAGGACAGUAGCUCCUGCUUCUACCCCGCCGGAGCCGUCAACAUCACCAGCCCUCCGCAGUGUCCCAACCCUGCCCUGAACUCGACCCAGCGAUAUGACUGUGGCUUCAAGGGUAUGCACCGCUGCUCUUCCUCUUUGCUUCUUGCCCCUCUGCUUCUCACCUCGUCGCCGCUGCUGUCUCGCCUGCAACGUCAACAGACAGAACGGUGCGGCCUGUCUCCUGUGGACGCUUCUCUAAAUCCGAGCUUCGAGGCACUCGUCGGCAGCGGCUCUCAGAUCAUUCGAUUUUGGCACUCAUGUGUGCUUCCUUCCGCCACAGGCAUGAGCCGUCCCCAGUGCAUCCAAAAAAACUGCUGUUGGGAUUCAGUCGCCACUGGCGAUAUCGGCCCUUGGUGCUACUAUGCCUUGACAGUCCAGCGUCCAUCGUAUUGUCCCUCGACUCCCAUGGACGUCAUCAUGCGAAUCGACUGCGGAACAGCCAACCUGACCCAAUCCGAGUGCUACUCCAAGGGAUGCUGCUGGGACGUCCACUCCACCAACAUCAGCGGCCCAACUUGUUAUGUUGUACACCCUCCCCCUUCUGUUAAUGCCUCUGCUGGCUCCAACGGCGUUCAAGGCAACACCCUCAGCAGCGCAGCUGUUUCCUCUCAGGGCGUCUCGCUGCUCUUGGCCUCGCUCAUCACCAUCGCGGCCUUUGCCAGCUUGGUCUAGAUUCUUCCCUCACCCACGAUCAAACGUCAGCCUCGGCUCUCUGUACCCUGUCUCGUCACGGCUCCGUUUUCGAUCGAUUCUGUCCCUAA